CUAAGCUGCCGCUUCUGCGCCCCCGUGUCGCUACUUCCCAGGGCGGCGGUAUGCUGGGGAAAGGAGUAGUCGGCGGCGGCGGAGGCACCAAGGCGCCCAAGCCAUCUUUCGUGUCGUACGUGCGCCCCGAGGAAAUUCACACAAACGAAAAGGAAGUAACAGAGAAGGAAGUAACUCUUCACUUGUUGCCAGGUGAACAGCUGCUUUGUGAAGCCAGCACAGUACUGAAGUAUGUCCAGGAAGAUUCCUGUCAGCGAGGGGUCUAUGGGAGACUUGUCUGCACAGACUUCAAGAUUGCUUUCUUGGGUGAUGAUGAAUCUGCAUUGGAGAAUGAUGAAAUGCAAUUUAAGAAUAAAGUUGUAGGAGAAAAUGAUAUUACACUCCACUGUGUCGAUCAGAUUUAUGGAGUGUUUGAUGAGAAGAAAAAAACUCUCUUUGGACAACUGAGGAAAUACCCUGAAAAACUCAUCAUCCACUGCAAAGACCUCCGAGUGUUCCACUUUUGUCUGAGGUACACCAAGGAAGAGGAAGUCAAAAGGAUUGUCAGUGGCAUAAUUCAUCAUACCCAGGCUCCUAAACUGCUUAAACGAUUGUUUUUGUUUUCCUAUGCUACUGCUGCGCAGAACAGUACAGCCACCGAUCCCAAGAAUCACACAGUAAUGUUUGACACACUGAAGGACUGGUGCUGGGAACUGGAGCGGACGAAAGGCAACGUGAAGUUCAAAGCAGUGGGUGUCAAUGAAGGCUACAGAAUCUGUGAGAGGUUGCCAGCAUACUUUGUUGUCCCCACCCCUCUUCCUGAAGAGAAUGUGCAACGCUUUCAGGGUCACGGCAUACCAAUAUGGUGUUGGUCCUGCCACAAUGGAAGUGCCCUUCUGAAAAUGUCAGCACUGCCCAAAGAACAGGAUGAUGGCAUUUUACAAAUCCAGAAGAGCUUCUUAGAUGGAAUUUACAAGACCAUCCACAGGCCACCCUAUGAAGCUGUUAAAACUGAAGACCUAUCAAGCAACUUCCUAUCCCUGCAGGAAAUCCAAGCUGCAUACUCCAAAUUUAAACAGCUAUUUCUGAUAGAUAACAGUACUGAAUUUUGGGACACAGAUAUAAAAUGGUUUUCAUUGUUGGAAAGUAGCAGCUGGCUUGACAUAAUCAGACGUUGCCUAAAAAAAGCAAUAGAGAUUACAGAAUGUCUAGAAGCACAAAACAUGAACGUUCUUCUUUUAGAGGAGAACGCUUCCGAUCUCUGCUGCCUUGUUUCCUCUCUGGUACAAGUGAUGAUGGACCCCUACUGUAGAACCAGGAUUGGUUUCCAGAGCCUUGUCCAAAAGGAGUGGGUCAUGGGCGGCCACUGUUUCUUGGAUCGCUGCAACCAUCUCCGCCAGAGUGACAAAGAGGAGGUUCCUGUGUUCCUGCUUUUCCUAGAUUGCAUCUGGCAACUGGUACAACAGCAUCCCCCAGCAUUUGAGUUCACAGAGACUUACCUGACUGUUUUGUCAGACAGCCUGUACAUACCUAUUUUUAGUACCUUCUUCUUCAAUUCUCCUCAUCAAAAAGAUACUAACAUGGGAAGGGAGAGCCAGGAUACACAAAGCAAGCCUUUGAAUCUGCUCACCGUGUGGGACUGGUCUGUACAGUUUGAACCCAAAGCCCAGACGUUGCUCAAAAACCCUCUUUAUGUGGAAAAGCCAAAACUGGACAAAGGCCAGCGGAAAGGAAUGCGUUUCAAACAUCAACGACAGCUUUCUUUGCCACUCACCCAAUCUAAGUCAUCUCCCAAAAGAGGAUUUUUCAGGGAAGAAACAGAUCAUUUAAUUAAAAACCUUCUUGGCAAGAGAAUUAGCAAACUUAUUAAUUCUUCUGAUGAGCUGCAAGACAACUUUCGAGAGUUCUAUGACAGUUGGCACAGCAAGCCCACUGACUACCACGGUUUGUUGUUGCCUCAUAUAGAGGGGCCAGAAAUCAAAGUCUGGGCCCAGCGCUACUUGCGUUGGAUUCCGGAAGCCCAAAUCCUAGGUGGCGGCAGAGUGGCCACCAUGAGCAAACUCUUGGAAAUGAUGGAGGAAGUUCAGAGCUUACAAGAGAAAAUCGACGAGAGACACCACAGGCAGGAAGCCCUCCAGGCGGAUGUCCCCUGCCUGCUGAGGAACUCUGCCCGCCUGUCCUCUUUGUUUCCUUUCGCUUUGCUCCAGCGACAUUCCACUAAGCCUGUCUUACCCACCAGUGGCUGGAAAGCUUUGGGAGAUGAAGAAGAUUUGGCCAAACGAGAAGAUGAGUUUGUGGAUCUAGGGGACAUGUGACUUGUUUUUUGAGUGAUUGUGAAAGAGGAUUGUGGGAGAUUGGGACAGAUGCUCCCUGGAUUAGUGUCACGCUGCAGCUGAUGCUGGGAGGGUCGUUAGCCCUGCACUCUGUUGGAGUAAACCUGAGCCUUCAGGAAAAGAGCUGGCUCUUGUUUUUUUUCAUUGUUCUGAAAGACUAUGCAAUUAAAACCAUAUCUCUAGUAUUAUCAAUCGAAAGGAAUUACUACUUGACCUGUAAUAGGAUCGUGGCCGUUUUCUGAUGCCUAAGUAUUAUACCUUAUAUUAUAUUAUAAGCUUGCAAUGGUCAGUUUACUACUAGAAAGGGCUUUGUGAGAUAUUCUUGGACUUGAUCCUUUCUUCAGAUCCUUUCUGUGCCAAGAUAAUUUAUCCAGUCAUUGGGAAUAGUAGGUUUCCUUAUAACCCAUCUCAGUUAGGGGCAAAUUCAACUCUACGUGAUAUUUGUAUGUCAAAUUGAAAGAUUCAAGCAGAGGUAUUAAGAUGUAUGACAUUUACUCAAACAAACCAUAGCAUUUUCUUUUCUAUGUCCUCUUGCCUGUGAAAAUCUGGGAUAUUCCACCUGUCACUAAUUAGGUGUCAUCCUAACACUCGGACCAGCCUCCCUUCUUCAUAGACUGUCAUUUUGUGUAUGGGUGGUGGACUGGCCAGCCCCCACCCUCUAUCUUGUGCUUACAGCUCCAGGGUAUCCCUCCACCUGCUGCACACCACUCGCUGCUGUCCCUCCGUACUCCCCACCUUGGUGCACGUAGUCCCAGUGUCUUGCUGCUAAACCUGUCAGUUGAACUGGGGGAAUCUCUUUGUUUGCCCAGAGGAUCUGCUAGUUCUCUGGAGCCUUCCAGCAUUUGGAAGGAGUCGCUUUGCCUUUUUCUGAUUGCAUGCUGAGGCUUGGGGGCACCUGUGAUUGUUCUCUGCAGCACCCCCUCAGGCAUUUUCCUUGUGUUCUGUUACCUGCACAGACCGAGGGGGUUGGGUCACUUUUGAAAGUGGCUUUCAUAGGAAAGCAGUCAAACAUAAAUAUCAGAAGUGACAAUUAUCAUAUGAUACCUCAGUGAUUUAAAAAGCCAUAAAAGAAACUUGACUGUGCUUGGUCACUUUCUUGGAUCUCCUAUCUAAAUGAUAUAUAUUUUUUUAAUGCAGAAAACUAUACUUUGUAAGGACCAGUUUUUUCAUUCUUAAUGGAACCCUGUCAAAUCCCACAAAAGAAAGGUAAAAAUUCAUGUUAGAAUGUUUCAGAUGGCUUGUAUGCUUCUUCCAUACAUUUACUCUCCCAGUAUAGAUCCCAGUUUGAAUAUUACAUGUGUAGAAAAACUUUCAGUUGCUCAAGAGCAAUAAGAACUUUUGAAACUAAGGACAAAGAGGAGGUUCUGGUUUGCACUGAAUCAUCUUCUGUACAUACAGUAGUUUUUUUGUGCUCUGCACUCCAUGUUCAUGCAUGAGCCAGCUUGAUCUGUCAAGAAGACGUGUCAAGGGGAGGGCAAGAUUCGUGCAUCUGGGGGCCAAACACAAGUUCAGUCUUGGUUGCCUUAAGAGCCUUACUAGCGAGGUCAAUGUUAGGCUUGUCUUUUUACAAGACACUAGUUCUUUAGCUACCUUCACAUACGUUCUGUGGACCUUUUUAAACUUGCACUAACUUCCACUUCUCUGUCCCAUUGCCUCUAAGAUACACUAUGGAGCUAACUAUUUUUGUUAACAUAGUAUAACAUGAAUAUUUAUACAGUAGCCUCUUCAGUCUUAGUAAUUUUCAUUCCAAAAAUGCCCGGUGUGAUGCUUUACACUUCACAAAGUAUGGUUUAAAGGCACACGGUCAUGGCCCUUGUCAUAGCAGUUGAAUGUGCAUUGAAAUAUUUUUCUAUGAUUUUUUAAAAAAAUUAUCAUAGGAAAAUAAGUAA